AUGAUUUCCUCACUCAUUUUCUGCUUCAUUGUUGGCGCAGUUUUAGCAGCCGAAGAAGACUCUAGAUCUGCCUACAUCAAAACUCAAGAGAACAAGCGUUUACAUGGCUAUGUUGUCAAGAAAAUCGAUUCUACGGAUGAAAUGUCAUGCAGCCAAGCAUGUUUAAGGCAUUCUUGGUGUACCUCUUCUAACUUCAAAGAGUCCUCGGGUAACUGUGAACUGAACAAGCAUGAGUUCUCUACAACUGAUGAUGACACCAAGCUCACUGAUAAUCCAGGCACAACGUUUUCAAUGUUUCUUAAGGUAAGAAAAGUUCUGAAUUUUCAUUGCUUAGACAACAAGGGCGUGCGUGUGCAGACGAGCCUCAUUUCCGCGUGCAAGAAGAAUAGACUCGUGCACCCAGGCUAAGGCAACAACUGUUCAAGCGAAACUACGUAAAAAAAAUAGAAAUUUGGUAAAACAGUGAAGUUGAGUUGUUGUAAAAGAGCACUAGCUAGCACUCGCAUUUCAGUCAUAUGUUUCGUAUGGGAGCGAGCAUGUUUUCCUUUCCCAAAUUUUUCAGUUCCGCCACAUUAUUAUCGAAGGCGAUGUUUUCUUCCCUAACAAGAGGCUUACAUGUUUUGAAAAUAAAGUUAAGAGAAGUACAGAAUGCAAACAACUAUAAAUGUUAAAAGAAGAGGAACGCAGAGCCGGCAAUUUAUGUUCAGGGAUCAGUCUCUGCAAGCUGUAGGAAGUCGAUGGAAAACGAUAUAUAUCAUUUUAGCUCACCGAAGUAACAUAUGAACAUUUUCCUCAGGGCUGCCUAAUGGCUGGAUGCCUUAACGGAGGUUCUUGUUUGUUCGACGAAGGGAAAGAUACGUUUGCUUGUUCAUGCAAUCCGCAAUGGAGAGGAGAAAAAUGCGAAAAGGGUAGGUCUAAAUUGUUUUUGUUCCUUAAGUACGAUAGACUAUAUAGGAGAAGAGUGAAAGACGUAACCCGCCUGAAAACGAAGCACACGACUUAACGUUCUGUACUUAAGUAUAUGAUGUAGCCAGCAGAUUAUAACUCUUUCCUUGCUUGUAAAAAAAAUUGCCACGUAUAUGUUGUAGUUAAUUUUUUGUCUCAGGUAAUUUUUAUUUUUCUUUUGUUUCAACUUCAUUAGCAUACAUUAGCAUACCCAAAAACAAAAGAGAAACAAAAAUUACCUGGGAUAAAAAAUUAACUACAACAUAUACGUGGCAAUUUUUUUUACAAGCAAGGAAAGAGUUAUAAUCUGCUGGCAGGUUACCUCUGGCGAUGCAGUUGAUAUAAUCCUUAGGAAUUAAUUUACAUCCCGUCUAAUAUAAGAAAAGUGUGUAACGUAUGAGACUUUGGCGUUUACCGUUAGCCUCGAAUGUGGAAAAGGUCGACAUUAGAUCUGGCAAAAUUUUAUGUGACGCUCAAAUUAACGUAAACAAUACCUAACACCUGGAUUAACCCAACAUGACGGCCGUUUUUAAAGACAAAAUUUGCAUGCAUGAAAAUUAGACAAUUAUUUUGCUUAAGGCUUUUCCGGCGAAAAAUUGGUCAAUCGUCUGAGGAAACAGAUUCUAAAUAGAAGUGUAAAUUGUUUAAUAGUUAGUCGUGAAAGAAACAAAGUGGCAAUGCGCAAACUUGGCACAAUUGUAUUUGCGCUUUUCUCUGUCACUGUAGCAGUUUCAACCCACCUUUGCGUUGUUUGUCGCCAUUUCUGCUGCCCUAUGUCGCUGUUUCAAGGCCCUUUCGCUUCAGUGUCGAAAUUUAGCCCAACAGGGCCUAGAGAAAGUGGCCAAAACAAGUGCAAUCAACUGAGACGCACCUAAUAAGGGUGAAACUAUACAAAACACCACUGUUGUUUGGGCCUGAUGGGUUUAAAGUCUGAAAAUAAAUAAAGAGAGAGUGAAAAUGAGACGACCCCAAAAUGUUUUGUAUGCGCCUAAAAAGCCUGCAUUGCCAGAAAAACUGAUUAUGGACUCUCUCCUCCACAGAGGCCUCCUUGUGUUGUGCGAGAGCACGCUGGGCACCCGCGCGCUUCUUAUUUUUUCAAUUAUUGCUAUUUUUAAACGGAUACCCAGCAGGAGCCUCUGCAGAGGAGAGAGGAGUAUGGAAUAGUCUGAAAUGUCACAGGUCCCCACCCCCUAAUCCGUAAGGGACGCGUCUCUCUCCCCCGCGCCUUAAAGGGGAUGGAGACGAAUGACAUUUCAGACUACGUAUGGACAUUUUCGUUCAUCCGUGAAUUAAUAAAGGCAGUAUACAGAGAAAACACAUUUCCCUUUGUGGGUCGGUAGGGAAGGACAUAACGAACAAACCAUUAGUUUUCUCAUGAAGUAGUUUGACGUCUGGCCUAGCCACUUCCCUUAUUGUGGCACCCAAUCAAAUAAAACAGUAAUCAUUAAAAUGAUUUUCCACGAAAGAUUUCAACAGACGAUUGAAGGGAUCAUUCAGUAAAAAUUAUAUUCUUCUAAAUAAUUCAAUGCAUUCUAUUUACUAUUUUGCAGACAUAAACGAGUGUGAGACAGGAAAGCAUCACUGCGACUCCAAUGCUUUCUGUAACAACACUAAAGGCUCUUACAUUUGUACAUGCAAACCAGGAUAUAACGGAAACGGCGUUAACUGCACAGGUAAAAUAAGGAAGCGAAAACCCUCAGCUGAUAUCACUGAAUAACCUGAUGGGAAAGCAUUUCUAUUCAACAAUUUUUUUCGAGUUCCAUUAUGGUGAAUGCAUGUUACAUCUUUAGGGGUUCUUUAAAAUCGGUUCCAACAUGAUAGCAUGUGAUAGGCCGCUUGUUUAUCGUUGGCAUGCGAACAGGCUCACUUAUGCGAGUUUGGGGUUAUAUGUUAAGGCGGCGGUGCCGUCAGCGGGAAUUGACGAAUAAGGCGAUUAAACGUUGCAAAAUAUGUGUAUAUUCGGCAACAAUCAUUAGCUCGAUUCGCGGUUUUUUUAACACGGCUUUUUUCCCUUUUUUCCAUGACUAUAUUUUGCUAUCUUCCGUAAAAAUUUCCUCGUACAACGUCGACAUUUUGCUUUGUUCCUAUUGGAUAGUAUCUUUACACCUCUUAAGGGGGCGAAAUUAAAAAAAUAAAUAGCCCGUCUGCAGGCUCGCUUUUCUCCGUCCCAUUCUUUUUGCCGCCAGCUAGCGCUGGUGGCUCCACCGCCAAAACAACCCCACCUUAACAAGUAAACCUGUUCGCAGGAUAUAUAGAUUUAGCCAGGGCAAAAAGCGAAUCUCUCGAUAAUAGUUUGCUCAAACAAAAUAAAAAAAAAAGUGUAAUUAAUGCUAAGCGGCGAAGGAGACAAGAACGGUGAAAAACAAUUGUUACAAUAGGUCUAAUUAGCAAAAAGCAACUUUGCACGUGCAGCACACCUUUUUUGUACAUUUCUUUGCCGUUGUUUUGCACGACUACAACGUGACACUUUCAGAAACUUCCUGGUUACAACUGGUUUCACGUUUUAUGGAAGAAGUGUCGUACGUGUCGUCCUUGUUCACUUUUUUUUUUUACUGGCGCUCAUUUUCACCUUGCAUUUGGUGGCCGCUAGCAUUUCGUAUUUUCUCACCGCCGCUACAAAAUUUUCAUGUUGUUCUUCCAACGAAAUAAAUGUCUCUUUUGUCUCUCCUUCUCCCUCCACCUCUCCCCCCCGGCUCUCUCUCUCUCUUCCGACCAUACCCUGUUGGUAGUUUUGCUUAAGCUCGGAAGUCCUUCUGCAUUCUCCAGUAUCUUGCUUCCUUACGUUUUUGUAAUUCUCUAUCUAUACAUGUGAUGUUAUUUCUUCAUUUUUAACCGGCUCAAUAUAUAGCAAUAAUCUUUUUGCUUCUUAGUAAAGCCAGGAAGCUCUCUCUUCUGACGGUACCCAAUCCUAGAAAAUAAAAGGUUAAGUAAAUCAGUUUUGAUGAUUCAGUCCUACACCUGAUUUGCAGACGUAAACGAGUGUAUAACAGGAGAACACAACUGUGACGUUCAGUUUUUGUUUUUGUUGGUUCAAUAACCACACAGCAGUUCAAUAAGUACACAACAGAUCAAUAACCACACCAGUAGUUCAAUGACCACACAUUAUAUUAGUUCAUUGAGCGUAAACUACAUGUAGCUGCGAAAAAAAUAGCCACAAAUACGUUAGUUAUUUUUAAUUAGAAUGUAUAGCAUUAAGUAAGUGGUAAAUACUCAUUUAGCUAUGGUACGAGAACUAAAUAGAUAAAUAGCUACGUUACACUGUUAUUAUUGGGCCAGCUGUGGUACCACGGUUUGAAACGUGCGGAAAGAGAGUAAAAAAACAAGGUUUCAUCCACCGUUAACUGUUUAUUUUUUUCUGCUUUAUGAACGCGCGCUUUGUCGGGUUUCUAGUUGAAGUUUUCUCCGGACCGAGUCGGUGUUUUCCCUUUUCGGCACUGACUCUCUUUCCAGGUCUGUUCACUGUACCCCUGAUGAGAAUGACAGACCUUCUGAGCACUAAAAAUUUUUAUAUUAACAUCAGUCUAUGUUCCUGUCUCUAUUAGUGAGCUCACUAGAACUUAAUAACAGUGUAACAUAGCUAUUUAUCUAUUUAGUUCUCGUACCAUAGCUAAAUGAGUAUUUACCACUUACUUAAUGCUAUACAUUCUUAUUAAAAAUAACUAACGUAUUUGUGGCUAUUUUUCCCGCAGCUACAUGUAGUUUACGCUCAAUGAACUAAUGUGUGGUCAUUGAACUACUGGUGUGGUUAUUGAUCUGUUGUGUACUUAUUGAACUGCUGUGUGGUUAUUGAACUAACAAAAAGAAAAACUGAGAGAGAGAGAGAAAGAGAGGGGGAGGGGGGGGGGGAAGGUGGAGGGAGAAGGAGAGACAAAAGAGACAUUUAUUUCGUUGGAAGAACAACAUGAAAAUUUUGUAGCGGCGAUGAGAAAAUAAGAAAUGCUAGCGGCCACCAAAUGCAAGGUGAAAAUGAGCGCCACUGAAUCACGCCAUGCCGCGCGAGCUCUUCGAUGUUGUUGUUGGACUCCAGCUUUGUGGUCUCCUGACUCCACUCAGUCCUAUUUCCCUUAUAAACUAUAUAGGUAUUAUAAUUAUCAUUCAAAUUAUUAUUAUUAUUAUACUUAUUAUUAUUAUUACUAUCAUUAUCAUUAUUAUUAUUAUUAUUAUCAUUGUUAUCAUUAUUAUUUCUUGUUUUGUGCACUGGCUGAUCUCAUCCCAGCCUUUGUACUUGCUAAUGGAGCGAGUCAUAACACAUGAAAAAAGGACCCUUAGAUUUCGACUCCUUACUCUAGACCUCUAAUACUUUUCUUAAAAUCCUUUCCGUUCCUAGUGGCGUAGUUUUUUGGGGGGCAAUAAAAUACUAGUUCUUAUGUCCAACUUUCCAGCCACUUCUCCAAGUUCUUCGUCACACUUGCGAAUGAUCCUACAACAAUCUUUAUCACCUGUUUGUUUACAACCACAUGAUCAUGUCUAUUGUAGCAUUGAUGACAUGACCACAUUGGAUGUUCAUUAUCCCACAGUAGUUGAACUUCAUCGUUUUUACUCACGCUGUCAGCCACGUGUUCGUACCACUUUUCCUUCUAUUGCUCAUGUUAUUUCUCACAUAACUUCCAACGAACUACUUUUGCAAUACUGUCAUGUCUCUGUUUGUAUUCCCUUUGGGCUAACUUUUCAGUUACACUCACAGGCAAUAUGCUUUACAACCUCGCCUUUCUCGCCACAUUACCUACAUAAGGGGGAUUCGCGCGGUCUUGUCAAUAUGGUAUCAGUUACAUGGUUGGUCCUGAGAGCCUGUUCCUGGCCUGCACAAAUAAGUCCUUCUGUUUUGAUCUUCCAGUCUGCUUUUCUUAACCUGCUCCAAGUUUCUCUUACAUGUGUUGUUCCGGGUAUUUCUCUUAAAAAUUGAUCAUGCAGCCUUUUUCCCUUCCAACUGUCGAGUUUCAGCUCAUUGUUCCAAGAUGUCCUGAAUUCAUUCUUACUGACAGUUUCCUCGCUUUUAAUUUUACCAGUAGCUAUUACCCCUUGCAGUAAAACGUCCAAAGAAUUCCUCACAUAUCACUCCAAACUGUUUUCCUUACCUCUAACACACUUCUCACAGCUUAUUAGUCCCCGACCUCCAUCCUCCCUUGAUACAUACAACCUAUCAACAUUUGAAUAGAAAGCACCAUUCAUUGUCAACACCUUCAAUGUUGAUUUUAAUAUUAGUUUCAGCCUUUAUUUUACCCUCUUGCAAACUGUCUUUUCUUUUCCUUUUCGUUUAUUACAUCUGCCUCAGUAGCCCCCAAGUAUUUAAAUCCUCUUCAACAAAUUCUACCAUUAUCCGCCAAUCGAAAAGAGUUAUACCCUCAAACCCUACUUUCCUUUGUCAAUUAACAAGUUGAUUCUUUUCCUCAAAGGGCCGUUUCUUGAAACUCCUAAUAAUUACGGAGUUUGGUCUGGACAAAAUUGGGCCUAAAAGUACUGUUUACUUUUCGAAUUACUGUAAAAAGUAUAAAAGGCUGGUUAGUACACGUUAAGAGGGUUUGUUGGCACGCUUUUUCAAAGUGAACUUGUAGCGAACGCAAAAAAGAAAAGAAAAAAAAACAGCCCGGUGGUUUUUCAUUUUGGCCCUUCCUUUCAGACAGAGAGACAAAAACCGAUAAAUCUUUAUUGAUAUGUUCUCGAACAAACUGCUAGAAAUAGGACAACCACACACAAAAUGGCAGAUAAAAUCCAGAACUAUUAAUUAAGAAGCACAUUGGUUUUGAAGUAACCGCAUACAUACUGCGGGUUUAGUAUGAAAUACUGACCCGAUAACAAAAACUAAAUGUAAUAAUACACUAGCUAUAACACCUCCUCGCAGAAAUUUUGUACCUAAUAGAAAAAUUGUAUACACGACAACCGUUGAAACCCUCUAUGUCGUCAAAAGCUCAAGAAAAGAAACAAAAUUAUUAGAAGCAAUAAUAUAAUUGUUCAAUGUCGUUAAAGUGAAUUAAACUUGAUGGUUUUAAUCCAUUUCUUCAACCAGUCUCUGCGGUGGUUAAGGGACGGACCAUUAUUUUUCUGGAGGCGGGGGUGGGUGGAUGAGAAAUAUUGAACAAAAGGGGUCUGAAAAGUGAAAAUAAACUGUUUGCUAACGUGAAAGUGUAAGAAAAAAAUGUUUGCAGAGAAAAUAAACACGAUCUGGGUACUUUAAAAUGGCAUGGUCACUCUGUAUAACAAAUCUGAAAAUAACCGAUUCUUUCUUGAAAAAAAUGGGAAUUAUUGUGGCAAUUAAAUCUCAACGUUACUUGUCAACAUUUUGUCCUACUGCACAACUUCAUAUACAAGGCAUUAAACAAAUAAUAUUCUUCAAACUUUGCUAUAUUUAUCAUUACUACUCACAUAUUUCAGAAGUCAAUGAAUUACAUGAACAACAAAAUAAUGCUACAUAACGAAUAAUGCCUUACACCAUCAGUCUAAUACGUGACAGCUUAAGGUCAGAAUUUUUAUGGGUUUUCAUUGAAGGAAUGCCCCUUGCCUUGCCAUUUUUUAAUAAUGUUGACAUUCUUUCAAGAAAUGGGCGCAUUUCAGAAGUCUGUCACCUUCCUGAUGAUAUCACCAUCAAAGCUUUAAAUGGCUCACUUACUACUUAUAAGUUAUUUGGCGUGACCUAUGGUAAUGGCAAUCAUUUUAAAUCAGCAAUGUGCCUGCCUUUACCCCGGGUACCACAGGCCGGGUGAUACGAGUAUGAUGGCCUGUGGGAACAUCAUCAAAGAGGAUCAGGACUUCGGUACUGUGGAAUCGCAAAAACGCCCCCUACUCCCUUUGGCUAUUUCCUAUCAUAUGCUCUUUAAUUAUUUGCGUCAGUAGCUGCCAAAAAUUAAAACAGGCGAGUGGAGCGUAUAUCGACAAAAUAUAAAUUGGCUAUAGCACUAUUGAUUAGGUUCUUCGAAAAAUGGUAUAAUAGUACCAUCAACGUACUUCCAUAUGUCUACUCUGGGAACCCUGAGGAAUAGCGAUAGGCCUAGUUUGGUUCCUUGAGGCACACUAUCGGGAACAGGGCCCCACUCAGAAAAACAGUCUCCAGACAACUUAACGCGUUGUUGUCUAUGCGUUAAGAAGUCGGCCACCCAGAAGGCAACAGCGCGAGGAAUAGGUAGGCCGAAACCUUUGCGCACAAGCAGGGUGUGGUCGCUUAGAUCGAAGGCCUUCCUACAAUCGAACAGCAGCCCAGGGCCUGUAAGUGGCUUAUAACCAGGUAGGUAGCAUAGACGUAAGGGCGUGUAGGGUAGAGGACGCUGGAUGCAACCAUACUGAUUUGUAUCAAUCACCUCUAGAACCGCAAGGCCGACAUGGAGAGCGACGAUAAUUUAACAAUUAGUGAAUGAGGAUGAGUAUCUUAUGAAGAAUUAUGGAGAUCUCAGAGGGUGUUAUAACACCUUCCGAGAUGUCCAUAAUUCUUCAUAUGAUACGAAAGCCGAAUUCAAUAAUUGUUUUAUUAUUCAUUCAAAAUAAUUCCUAGUUUAAAAAGAUAGCUAAAACAUGCUUACCUCCAUCGAUCCAUCGAUGUUAAGUUCAUCUUCGAUAGUGCACGUUUAGGGUUGUUCAGCUCCGCAAAUAUUCUCCAAAUAGCAGAUGUCGCCCCUCGAGUUGUCUUCUUGCUGUUUUUGCCAUGUUUUUAGCCAUCAUUUCGCCUAGUUCUUACUCUUGAAACCAGUGAAAUGUCCGCCAUUUUUGUUUCCCUAACCAAAACAACUCAGUCUCGUCCCCAGGUCUUCUCGGUUAACGGUGCAUUAACCUGCAAAAACGUUGCAUUUUUGAAGUCAUUUCUUCGUUAAACACAAAAUUCUUCCAAAUAAGGUCGUCAGUAACUGGUUAUGGUGAAUUAUGCAUGUGCUUUUAGCCAAGCAGAAUCGGGGAAAUAUUUUGAAUGAAUUAUAAUGUAACAUAUUACAGGGGUUAGGAAGAUCGGACGAAGAUGUUUGUUGAUGUCGGUAACAGGUUUUAGCUUGGGGACAGGCACCAAAUUGGCCAUCCUCCAGGUUUCCACGUCUCUACUCCGCGAAACUGCUGUUUAGCACAGCUGUAACUGGGCAGGCAAGCAUAUCUGCAUACUCCUUCAACAACCAGUUGGGUAAACCAUUGGGUCCAGCCGCCUUCUUAGGAUUAAGCCUUUUUAAAGCGGAAAAACGGCGGGUUCCGAAAGGGUUAGCGGUGACAAAUCCUCAUUGUGUGAAGGAAGGGAUUCAAGCCUUUGGAAGGACUCCGUUGUAGGAAUGCAGAGUUGAUUUGGUUGGAAAUCUCUCAGUGCUCAGACAGAAUAGUGGAACCCUCGAUCUGUAAGUUGGCAAACAACGAGUCUGAGCCAGGAGCGAGGGCAAUGCCAGCCAUCUGCUUUAGGUGGUUCGAUUUUGAAGCGUAGUAGUUGCUACGGAGAACUUUACGCUUGCAAUUCACCACAUUACGGUAGUGUCGGAAAAACUGAUUGUCCCCGUACUAAUUGUCUUGUUGGCGAAGAUUUAUGAGACGUUUGAAUGCAGGUGACACCCAUGGGGGGGGGGGGGGUCAUUGACAUGGACUCUAGACUGCUUAAUAGGUAUGAUGGAAUCAAGACCGGUUAAGAUGAAGUCUGUGGGUAGCUGCAGCUUUUACUCACAAUCAUUGGCUAGAUCCAUAAGCGACCAGUCGAUAACGGCCAUACGCGAGUAUCACGUCUCAAGAUUUGUUUCCUAUUCGGCCCCUCGCGGGUAGCUCUCGUUUUAGGAUUUAAGAUGACAACGUUAUGAUCUGACAAACCAAACGGUGGUAAGAUUUGUACAGAAUUUUUAUCGUAAAACUAAGGCAAGUUUGUUAACACCAGGUCUAAGGUCCGGUCACCACUAGUCGGCUUGUCGAUAAGUUUAGUUAAAUGAAAUGAGAUCUAAGGCGUCUGAUAUUAAAACCCUUUAAAGUCGCCACAGAGGAGAAUGCCGCGGCCCGGAAAUUGACCUCCAAUUGAUGUUGAAGUUGUCGCUAGAUGUUUUAAGCAUAGCCAUGUCGUUGACAGUGCCAGCAAUCCGACAAGUGAUUCAACCCGGUAAUAUGGUCGGCUGAAGCCACGUCCACAUUGUUUCAAAAUCAGGAUCCUGUAAAUAUUCCAGGGACUUGAACUUGGGGUUUUUUGUAAUAUACAAGCCGACUCCACCUUGAGGGCCUGUAGUACGGUUCCUUGCAGUGACAUGGUACCCUGAGAUGCGGAGGUGGUUUUCGGUGAUAGAGUCUCUUAGCCAAGUCUCAGUGAAUAAAGCAAUAUUUACAUACGAAAUCACACAUUUCACUUCGUCAUUGGUGCAAGCGAAAUGGGGUUGGCCAAGAGUAGACUAACACCGUAUUUGAUGAGUUUUUUGUGAUCGUGGGUUCCCGGUUUAAGGUGGCAAUGUUCGAGUUUUUUCGUCUACGUGUGUUGGAGUCUCGCGGGUGAUUCCUGAGUAAAACCACUGGGAUGGAAAGGUUGUUUGUGUUGCAAACCGGCUAGAAGAGGUGUCACCUCGAAUAUUUCAUAAGGAAAAGGCAGCAAAAUGCCAAUUAUUUUCUUCUCGUAGACAUUUCCUUCCACAAAGAUUUGCAGCGAAAACCCCGCUUGUAGUGUUAUUCAGACCUGUUUUGUUACCAUCGGGCAUCAAUCUUCAAUCCCCGACGACACUCACAAUGCGUCGGUUUCGAACGCGAAAUACCGCGGCUAGUUAGGCGUCGCCAUUGGUCAGGAACAAGUGCGUGUGCUGCCUGUCGGGCGCACAUCUAAUAGCCCGGAAGCAGUACACGCCCACCUGAAAGAUUAGAGUCAGUGGAGUCACCAAACCACCUAUUCCUCCCCCCACUGCUCCGCGUCGGUCCAAGCGUGCAACAUAGGGACGGACCAUUAUUUUUCUGGAGGGGGGGAGAUGAAAAAUUAUCUUCUGCAAAAUUUUUUUAACAUAUGUCUCCGCAAACAUUUAUUUUCUAUCGUCAUUUUCUUGCAAACAAUUUUUUUCCAUAUGUUUUGAGUGUUCUUUUUUUUGUGCUAAAUAUUGCCAUUGCCUUUUUAUACCAUUUUUCGAAGAACCUAAUCACUAGUACUAUAGCCACUUUAUAUUAUGUCGAUAUACGCUCCACUCACCUGUUUUAAUUUUUGACAGCUACUGACGCAAAUAAUUAUUAAUAAAGGGCAUACGACAGGAAAUAGCUAAAGGGAGUAGCGGGCUUUUUUGCGAUUCCACAGUACCGAAGUCCUGAUCCUCUUUGAUGAUGUUCCCACAGGCCAUCAUACUCGUAUCACCCGGCCUGUGGUACCCGGGGUGAAGGCAGGCACAUUCCGGAUUUAAAAUGAUUGCCAUUGCCAUAGGUCACGUCAAAUAACUUAUAAGUAGUAAGUGACCCAUUUAACGCUUUGAUGGUGAUAUCAUCAGGAAGGUGACAGACUUCUGAAAUGCGCCCAUUUCUUGAAAGAAUGUCAACAUUAAAUGGCAAGGCAAGUGGCAUACCUUCGGUGAAGACCCGUAAAAAUCGACGGCAUAAUGACAGAAAUAAGUGAAAAGGAUUUAAAUACUUGGGGGCUACUGAGGCAGAUGUAAGAAUAAGGUUAUAGCGAUUUUUAAACACCUGCGCAGUGUCAGUGCUGAUCAGGUAUGGAGCAGCUAAGAUGGGCAAAGGAAGAACUGAAAACAUUGGAUUCAAUGACAAGAAAGGUGUUGAUCGACAAUGAAUUGUGCUUUCCAUUCAAAAAGAGGUCGUAUGUAUCAAGGGAGGAUCAAGGUCGGGAACCAAUAAGCUGUGAAGGGUGUGUGAGAGGUGAGUAAAACAGUUUGGGGUGGUGGUGUGUGAGGAAUUCUUGGGAUGUUUUACUGCAAGGGGUAAGGGGUAAGGUAUAUUGAAAGUGAGGAAACUGUCAGUUAAGUUGAUUGAAGACAUCUUGGAACAAUGAGCUGAAAAUCGACACUUGGAAAGAAAGAAAGCUGCAUGGUCAAUUUUAUGAGGAAUACUCGGAACAACACAUGUAAGAAAACUUGGAGCUGGUUACGAAAAGCAGACUCGAAGAUCCAAACAGAAGAACUUAUUUGUGCAGGCCAGAAACAGGCUCACAGGACCACCUGCAACCAUGUAACUGAUACUACGUUGACAAUACCGCGCGAAUCCCCCUUAUGUGGGUAAUAAGGCGAGAAGGGAGAAUGUAAACCAUAUUCUCUGUAAGGGCAAAAAGUUAGCCCAAAGGGAAUAUAAACAGAGACAUGAAAAUAUUGCAAAAGUAGUUCGUUGGAAGUUAUGUGAGAAAUAUCAUCUGGAAAAGAAGGACAAGUGGUACGAACACAUGCCUGACAGUGUGAGCAAAAACGAUGAAGUUAAACUACCGUGGGAUAAUGAACAUCCAAUGUGAUCAUGUCAUCAAUGCUACAAUAGACAUGAUCAUGUGGUUGUAAACAAACAGGAGAGAAAGUGCGCCAUUGUCGAUAUUGCUGUAGCAGGGGAUAAGAGAAUUGUUGAAAAGGUUAAAAAAUAUCAGGAGCUAUAAACAAAAAAUUCCAAGGAUGUGGAACUCGAGAACUGUGCAGGAGAUAAAGAUUGUUGUGGGAUCAUUCGCAAGUGUGUCGAAGAACUUGGAGAAUUGGCUGGAAAGUUGGACAUAACAAUUAGUAUUUCAUUACCCCCCAAAAAUUACGCCACUAGGAAGGGAAAGGAUUUUAAGAAAAGUAUUAGAGGUCUAGAGUAAGGAGUCGAAAUCUAAGGGUCCUUUUUUCAUGGGUUAUGACUCGCUCCCUUAGUAAGUACAAAGGUAUGAGAUCAGCCAGUGCGCAAAGCAAGAAAUAAUAAUGAUAAUAAUUUGAAUGAUAAUUAUAAUACUUAUAUAGUUUAAUAAGGGAAAUAGGACUGAGUAGAGUCAGGAGACCACAUAGCUGGAGUCCAACAACAACAUCGAAGAGCUCACGCGUCAUGGCGUGAUUAUUGUACCAUUACUUAGGUACAUAUGACGGACACUGCCCCCGGGCACUGUCCCAUUACACUGUUAUAAUCAUAAUUAGAACAGCAUUUAGUAGUGGUAAUAGGACUAGAAAUAGGACUCAGAUUGGAAUCAAUUUCGUCCGUAAUCAUCGGAUUGAUUAGAGAAAACUGAAUGGCAUCCAAAAGUCGCGCCUCCUGUUUUGCAGACGUAAACGAGUGUGCAACAGGAAAACACAACUGUAACGGAAGCUUCAUAUGCCAUAACACCAAAGGAUCCUUCUUAUGUAUCUGCAGAGAGCCAGGAUAUUUCUGGAACGGCUUUAAUUGCACA